AUGCCCCACUCGCCAGCGGGUAUCCCGCAAUCCGGAGGGAGCCGGAAGAGGCGGGGUUUCACGCGCCCCGGGACGCCAUCUUGGCUGAGUUGGCCGGAAGUGGCCCUGCGAGCCGGCGUGCGGGCGCGGACUGAGGCUGCGCGGCGGUCGCGCCGCAGGUUCGGCGUUGGGUGCGUUGCGGCAACUGUCCCGAGCCUUUUGCGGUGCCGUGCAGCAGCCGCAAAGCCCCGUCUAUCGUCUCUCUUAGUCCUCCUCCUGCCGCCCCAGCCACUGUCCAACCCCUCCGCCGGGGUUGGCGCAGCGGCUUGCACACCCCUCGGCCUGGGUACGCGCUCUGCAUCUGCCUGCCCGAAAACAUGUUGCAGAAAUCCGAGAGCGGGAGGUCUCCCCAUCCCUCAGGCCGAGGGGGAGAAGAAUGGCGGCCAUGACGGUGAGACCUAGGCCCUGACCGCCUCGCAGGAGGAGGCCCCGAGCCCCCUCCUGCAGGAGCCCCAAGGCGACCUUGGCGCUGUCGGGGAGGAGGGGGCUGCGGAGCCUGCCUUCAUCCCGAAAGGCGUGAGUCUUGCCCGGCGCAGGGCCUGCCGCCGUCUGGAUCGGACGGUGGCCGAGUUGGUGCAGUUCCUGCUCGUGAAGGACAAGAAGAAGAGUCCCAUCACUCGUUCCAAGGUAGUGAAAUACAUUAUCGGACACUUGAAGAAUCUGUUCCCCGAGAUCAUCGCAAGGGCCGCAGAGCAUCUGCGGUAUGUCUUUGGUUUCGAGCUGAAACAGCUUGGCUGCAGGCACCACACUUACAUCUUGAUCAACAAACUAAAACCUCUUGAGGAGGAGGACGAGGAUCUGGGAGGAGAUGGCCCCAGAUUGGGUCUCUUAAUGAUGAUCUUGGGCCUUAUCUACAUGAAAGGUAAUAGCGCCAGGGAGGCUCAGGUCUGGGAGAUGCUGCGUCGGUUGGGGGUGCGUCCCUCAGAGUAUCGCUUCCUUUUUGGGUACCCGAAGAGGCUUAUUGUGGAAGAUUUCGUGCAGCAGCGAUACCUCAGUUACAGGCGGGUGCCUCGCACCAAUCCACCGGAUGAAUUCUCUUGGGGUUCCCGAAGCAACCUGGAAACCAGCAAGAUGAAAGUCCUGGGGUUCGUGGCCAAGCUCCUUAAGAAAGAACCGCAGCGCUGGCCAGUGCAGUACCGUGAGGCCCUGGCAGAUGAGACCAAUAUGAGGGCUAGGGCUAGGGCCAGUGCUAGGGCCGGCAUCCGCCCCUGGUAAGGGUGGUGGGUGGCCAGCAGGGUCCCCAUAGGUAUGGAAGCUGCUGUCUGAGUUAUAAGUAGUAUAGGUGGGGGGAGGGUCGUUCUUUCUGUAGACAUCUAAUUUGUGUAACUAGGAUUUAGAUUUUGUAUCUUGCUACGUUUUGUUAAAUUUAAUAUACUGUUAAGUUGGUAUUUAUAAAUGAGAUUGGUUUACUUUUUCCUGUAGGAUUUUGUUGUAGAGUUUUGCUGAUUUUGUGAAAUGGAUUGAAAAACUUGACACUCUGUGAUCUUGAAAUUAUGCAGCAUCGUAAUGCUGCAGUUUAAUGGUUUGAAGGAACUCAGCAGUAUGAUGAUCAGGUACCAGGAAAAAAAUAGCUGGUUGGUGCCUAGCUUCCCAACGCUUUUUGUCUAUUGUAUAAAGAAAACAGACUGACAUGUACCUCUAUUUUCUUAGCUAUUAUAAUAUCUAGAGAAAAAUAAAAAUGCAAUAAAUUAGAAGUA